GACCGAAUAUGCAACUUCGAUGCUUACCCCCCUAAGACAUCACAAUCCUUCGCCAGGGAUUUCAAGCCAUGCCCGGACCAACGGUAUCGAAGACAGACAAGCAAACAAUUCCCACGCAAGUCAAAACGCCACCAAACGCAACUCCCAACAAUGUCGACAGGAUGACCCCGGCCGGCAUCUGCACUUCUUUGAUCACAAGACAACGAUAAUUCAAGUCUUGUUGUAACACAGAAAACGAGCCACUGGAUCUGUAUGUCCGGAAAGACACGAGUGCUGUUUCGCUCCAGGGUUCUUUACAUCCUUGUCGGGGGCCUGACGUUGAUGAGGGUGGGGUGGAAGAAGAGGAUCUCGAGAGUGAGACUGAUCCUUGCUCCCG